GAAGACAGUUCUCGGGUGUCUAUCGCUUUUUUCUGUCUGUUUCGUGUGAUGAGAUCGGUUAAGAUGCUCAGCAAGGGGGAAGGCAUCCGCACACACCUCUGGACCUUUGUGAAAUCUCUUCAGGCCCUCCCUUAUGUAGCGCUGCUCAUCUCCAUGAUCUUCUUCAUCGAUGCUGUGAUUGGCAUGCAGACAUUGGGGAAGAUCGCCAUGCAGGACCACACAUCAAUCUACUGCAACAACAACUUCCAGACGAUUUUCCAAGCAGUGCUGCUGCUCUUUAGGUGUGCCACAGGGGAGCCUUGGCAGGAGAUUAUGCUGGCCAGAUUGCCAGGGAAACGCUGUGAUCCAGAGUCAGACUACGAGCCCGGCGAGGAAUUCACCUGCGGCAGCAACUUUGCCAUCAUCUAUUUCAGCAGCUUCUUCAUGCUCUGUGCUUUCUUGAUUAUCCAUCUCAUUGUUGCUGUCGUCGUGGACAAUUUUGACUACUUGACACAUGGUUGGUCAAUUCUGGGAUCGCAUCACUUGGAUGAGUUCAAAAGGAUCUGGUCAGAGUAUGAUCCCGAAGCCAAGGGUUUCAUAAAGCACUUGGACGUGGUGGCCCUGCUUAGGAGUAUCCAGCCUCCUCUGGGCUUUGGGAAGCUCUGUCCCCACCAUGUGGCCUGCAAGCCCUAA